AUGCUGCUCAUGAGCAUCACAGGGCCCUUCAUGGCCGCCGCGGGCGCUUUCCUCGGGAUGCUCAGUGGCGCUUUCCUGGGCUUUCUAGGAGGUCUCCUGCUGGCCCCUUUUACUUUUGGCAUCUCCAUCCCUGCGGCCGUGGCGAUCUGCGCGGUGCUGGGCGCGGCCAUCGAUGCCGCCACAGGUAUCAUGGAUGGCUGCUGGCAGGCAGCACCCAGUUGCAUCAGUGCUUCUUCUUUGGUUUCAGUCUACAAGUUACUGGACAAGCAGGAAACCGUGUCGACGACGAUGAUGAUGAUGCUGGCAUCGGGCGUGACAGUGGUAGCCACGCCCCUAGCCGUGGACCCAGCGCGGAUCAGCGCAGGCAUGAUCUAUGCGCUGGCCGGAUCACAGUCCUCGCUGAUACGAAUCGACCCCUACUCAGAGUAUGCUAUCGCGGAGCCAGAGGAGAGCGCAUCUUCUUCGCCCGCAUUCACUCAGCUGCUUGAGGCUUCAAGCUCCCUAUAUGCACUCCCCUGUGCAGCCCGGCAUGUUCUUCAGCUUUCGCCGACUUCCGGUGCUUCGCAGGACGUUGGACCCGACCUCGGCUUGCUCUCAUGUAAGUGGAGGCACGCGGCCGUGAGCCAAGGAGGCGAAAUCUACGCCAUGCCAUGGCAAGCGGAUCGCGUGCUGCGGAUUCAGCCCACGACCAGCAAAGUGUCGCUGCUGGGAUCUUUGUCCACGACUCCCGAGGGUAAGUAUGGUUUCUCCGUGCGAGCUGGUGGGUACGUUUGUGGCAUCCCAUGGGCUGCUACAGAGGUCACAUGUGUACAGACUUUGACGGAUUCCCUGGCUUCCUUCGGACACUUUCCUGUUGACGUGGCGAAGUGGCGCAAUGCUGCUGCGAAUGGAGAUGGAGUAAUCUUUGCCUUGCCGAUCUUGGCUUCGGCCAUCCUGAGGAUAGAUCCACGGGUGCGUGUCGCCGAGACUGUGGGAUCCCUUCCCUCAGGUCGCUUUCGGUGGACACCCGGGCCAAGCUUCAAGGAUCACCUGCUGGGACUUCCGGACUCAGAGUGCUCGAUUCUCUUGGCUGGCAUGGACCAUGGUCGUAUCGAGACGAGUCGUGGGUUCGACUGCCACGGAGUGAAGAUGCACAACUGGCGCUCGGCCGUGGUCGCAAAGACAGGGCAUGUCUAUGCCGUUCCCUUGUGGGCCACCUCGGUGCUGAAGAUCAGCGUCGACGGGGCCGUCGCCCAGGCCACCACCUUCGGCCAGUUCCAACCAAAGCUGGCAAAGUGGAACCAUGCAGUGUUGGCUGGCGAUGGAAACAUUUAUGGCGUCCCGUACUCCGUGGGGAAGGUGCUUCGGAUUCGACCCGACACGGAUGAGGUCUCAACUUUUGGAUCCUUUGAACCCGGACUGGCCAAGUGGCGAGAAGGAAUCCUCGCCGUCGACGGCUUCAUUUACUGCAUCCCUGAGACCGCGGUCACUAUCCUGAGGAUUGACCCUCGCCGUGGUCGAACCUCGCAGCUGACACUCCACGGACAGACUGGCGCCGGGGUAACGCCCUGGCCGAUGAUUCCAGUGGAGCCCGGGACCACGACGACUACGACGGUGCAAAUCAUGUGCUUUGACUUCGACUGCCCAGGGAGGUCGCAGUUGCGGGAGGACGCUGCCACGAUCGUUUGUCGCGAGGAGCCCUGUAGCCUCUCCUGCUGCCUCCGGAGCUGUGCAGACUUCGAUUGUCCCGAGGGCUACGCGCAGAAGGCGUCGGCUGCGAGCUUCAGCUGCGCCUCAGGUUUCUGUGGCAGCAAUGAUCUGCUCACCUGCUGCGACGUGGACCUGUUCUACCCAAACGUCUUGGUGCCGCUCCUCAUCUUCGCAUCCACUGGCUUCGCGUGCAUAUUUGCACAGACCCAGCGCUGUCGCAAAGAACAGCUUUCGUCGCAAAGGAAGUUCAGCAUCGCCUACUUCACUGUCCUGUUUGCCUGGGAUGUGUGCGACCAGACCGCUUCCUGGUGGUUCUGGGAGUACACUGCUGAUGUGGGAGCCUCUCAGGGCGUCCAAGUUGCCGCGAUGAUGUCCUCGAUGAUGGGGACAGGAGUGAUUCUAUUCGCCUUCUUCGGCGGCCUCUUUCUCACGACACCUCAGCUGCUGGACCAACGAUGCCCAGAGCUGAGCUACUCCGUCGCCGCCGGCUGCGCAGAUGUGGUUAUGCUGAUCGCGGUCUUUUGCUUUGAGAAUGAAGGCAAAGAUCAGGGCAGCUGGAUCAAGGUUCUGAACCUGAUAGCGACGCUCAUCGACUUUGUCCUCAAGGUGAUGCAGGCCGCCGCAGCUCUCUUCGGUGCGUCUUUGGACAGCGAGUCCUUCCUACUGGUGGCAGCGGAAUCGGAAGAAUGA